AUGUUAUCAUUUUGUCCGGCAUGUAAUAAUAUGUUAUUGGUUAAAUUAGCAGACAGUGGUAUAUAUACUUUAUCCUGUCCUUCAUGUCCAUAUGAAUUCCCUAUAGAGGGUAUAGAGAUAUAUGAUAGAAAGAAAUUGGAAAGAAAGGAAGUCGAUGAUGUUCUUGGUGGUGGAUGGGAUAACGUUGAUCAAACAAAAGUUCAGUGUCCUAAUUAUGAUAAAUGUGGUGGUGAAAGUGCAUAUUUCUUCCAACUACAGAUUAGAUCGGCUGAUGAGCCUAUGACUACGUUCUAUAAGUGUGUUAAUUGUGGCCAUAGAUGGAAAGAAAACUGA